AUGUUUCAUUCUGUCAUGGUUGCGCGUGCUUUAUAUCCCCAGAACAUCAAAGUCGUCACUGAAAAGAAGGUGCCAGGCUUCCUGCAGUCUAUUCUCGACGCAUGUCCUCAAAGCAUCAGCCUUCACGGAGAGGAGCCAGACGUCGGCUUCAUGUGGCAGAACGGCCGAAAGGAAGACCUCCGCUUGAAGACAUGGAAGCAGGAAUUGUGCAAAAGGCACCACAACUGUGUGACCAUUGAGAUUCACAUCAGACCUGCCGAUCCAUUUUCCACAGGAACCAUCCAGUCUUUGGGUUACACCUUCUAUGCCAUGCCGCAGGACAUGAAACCUGUCAAAGAUGGUUCGGUUCAGGUGUAUCAGGCAGUGGUGAGACGUUCGUUGUUCUUCCAGCACCAUGUGGUCUCCGGCCUUUUCGUUGAAAGAUUUGUCAGCAACUUGCUGAUGCUGGGUUUUUUGCACGAACUUCACUUUCAGCACUUCGGUGUGAACUCUGCGUGCGUGCGCCUUGAGAAGCGAGUGAGGAUGCUGCCCAACCACGAGAUUGAGAAGUUGUGCCAUGAUUGCUACACCUUGAGCAACACGCACCUAUCCAGGGUCAAGGACUUCCGGAUCCGUGCAGUGGAAGGCAUCAAACAGGCGGAGCAAGCGCUCGCCCAAGAGAACGAGGAGGCCGUGUUCAGAGCGUUUUCCCUACGGACAACCGAGAAGAGGAACUUUCUUCAAGGCUUUGCUUCCGAGGGCCAAUGGUCGAAAUGCGCCGAGGUGGCGGAGAGCGAAGAGAUCGACCCCGAGGAGGAGACACCGCUCCGGCUUGAGGAAGGCCUCGAGCCCAGCAGGCCGUCGCUAUUGGGUUGGAAGCCAUCGCAAGCAGGUUGGGCGCUGCCGAACCUCACGCCAACCCGAAGGUUCCCGCGAAUUCGCCAGCUGCAUCAGAGCCGUCUGAGUCCUCACUGUCGGUGA